AUGUCUUCCGUCAUUGCCAAACGCCUUGAAGGCAAGACUGUCCUAAUAACAGGAGCCAGCUCGGGAAUCGGACGAAGCGUGGCGCAGCAGUUUGCGAGAGCUUCUCCGAAGAGCCUGAAGCUCAUUCUCGCCGCUCGUCGCAUCGACGCGCUACAGCAAAUCAGCGAGGAUAUCAGCAAAGAGGUCGGCAGUGGCGUCAAAGUUCUGCCCAUCCAACUGGAUGUCAGCAAGCCAGAGGAAGUGCUAUCUUUCAUCAGUAAAUUGCCCGACGAGUUUAGAAAGAUUGAUGUUCUCGUCAACAAUGCCGGUCUAGUCAAGGGUGUUGCACAGGCCCCCACCAUUGACCGAGAGGAUAUCAUGACUAUGUUUGACACCAAUGUGUAUGGGUUGAUCCACAUGACGCAGGAAGUGUUGAAAAUCAUGCGUUCCCAACCCAACGGUGGUUCUGGCGACAUUAUCAACAUCGGCAGCAUCGCCGGACGAGAGGGCUAUGUCGGCGGAAGUAUCUACUGUGCCACGAAAGCCGCGGUCCGCAUAUUUACAGACAGCUUGAGAAAGGAAUUGAUUUCCACCCGCAUCAGAGUGAUGGAAGUGGAUCCAGGGCAAGUGCAAACGGAGUUCUCCAUCGUCAGAUUUGGCGGUGACAAGGAAAAAGCCGACGCUGUCUACGCUGGUUGCGAAACGCUGACACCGGACGAUGUUGCAGAGGUGGUGGUGUUCAGUGCAGGUCUGCGGGAGAACGUCGUGCUAGCGGAUUCGCUGUUGUUCCCCAAUCAUCAGGUAAGCACGCUGGGUGGUUCCCCUUUCUCGAGUGGAAUUUUGACAUCUCACAAGGCUUCUGCAACUAUUUUGCACCGAAAUCUGUGA